CUCUCUCCGACCCGCAAGCCCACAGGAGCCUGGGCUCCGACUCCCCAGGGCGCGGAAGCUGGCGAAGCCCCAGGGAUUCCCAUUUAUAGCUUGGUUUCCACUCAGCUCAGUCCCUCCAGGACUCGGGCUGAGCAAGUUUCUUCCAUUCUCUUCUCUCCUCCCCCUCCCUCCUCCUCCUCCUCUUCUGCCUCCUCCUCCUCCCCGCCUCCCCUUCAACCUCAGCAGGGUGCAGGUGUCCAACUCGAGCAAGGGCCCCAACUUGGACUCAGAUGUUCCAACUCUCAGACACCCUGAUAAUGCGGGGGCGCCCGCCUGCUGCGCGGACAGCUACCCUGAGCACCCCUAGCCGUCCGCACACAAGGCGCCGGAGUUUCUCAAUGGGAAGAGGCCGGGUCUCCAGGAGGCGGGGCGAAUAGGAUCCCGCCCGCCUGGUGGGUCCUUCGCAGUCCUAGGGUUGCAACCCCGUGAGCGGUGUAGAGCACUGGAGACUGCGGCUGAGCCGGAUUUCAGGGACUUUGGGCCAGACAUAGAAUCUUCCAGCCCGGAGAGAAGAGUGGGGUGCAGAGAGGGGUUCCAGUCCAACGUGGUGAGAGGCGAGCUAUCGAGGAAGAAGUUGGAGGGCAACCAGUGCAAUCCUAAGUCUGCGAGAUCUUGGGGUUCACACACUCAGGAUGCUGGCCUCCGCCCUCCUCGUUGUCCUCUGCUGUUUCAGAGGAAAUGCAGGCUCAUCGCCCCAUUUCCUUCAACAGCCAGAGGACAUGGUGGUGCUGUUGGGGCAGGAAGCCCGGCUGCCCUGCGCUCUGGGCGCAUACAGGGGGCUCGUGCAGUGGACUAAGGAUGGGUUGGCUCUAGGGGGCGAAAGAGACCUUCCAGGGUGGUCCCGGUACUGGAUAUCAGGGAAUUCAGCCAGUGGCCAGCAUGACCUCCACAUUAAGCCUGUGGAGCUGGAAGAUGAAGCAUCCUAUGAGUGCCAGGCCUCACAGGCAGGCCUCCGAUCACGACCAGCCCAACUGCAUGUGAUGGUCCCCCCAGAAGCGCCCCAGGUACUAGGCGGCCCCUCUGUGUCUCUGGUUGCUGGAGUUCCUGGAAAUUUGACCUGUCGGAGUCGUGGGGAUGCCCGACCUGCCCCUGAACUACUGUGGUUCCGUGAUGGGAUCCGGCUGGAUGGGACCAGCUUCCACCAGAUCAGGCUGAAGGACGAGGCCACCGGGACAGUCGAAAACACCUUAUUCCUGACCCCUUCCAGCCAGGACGAUGGAGCCACCUUGAUCUGCAGAGCGCGGAGCCAGGCCCUGCCCACAGGGAGGGACACAGCGGUGACACUGAGCCUUCAGUAUCCCCCAAUGGUGACUCUGUCUGCUGAGCCCCAGACUGCGCAGGAAGGAGAGAAGGUAACUUUCCUGUGUCAAGCCACUGCCCAGCCUCCUGUCACCGGCUACAGGUGGGCGAAGGGGGGAUCCCCGGUGCUCGGGGCACGUGGGCCAAGGUUGGAGGUCGUUGCAGAUGCCACGUUCCUGACUGAGCCGGUGUCCUGCGAGGUCAGCAACGCGGUCGGAAGCGCCAACCGCAGCACCGCGCUGGAAGUGUUGUAUGGACCCAUUCUGCAGGCAAAACCGAAGCCCGUGUCCGUGGACGUGGGGAAAGACGCGUCUUUCAGCUGUGUCUGGCGGGGGAACCCACUUCCACGGAUAACCUGGACCCGCCUCGGUGGCUCUCAGGUGCUGAGCUCCGGGCCCACACUGCGGCUUCCGUCCGUGGCACUGGAGGAUGCGGGCGACUAUGUGUGCAGGGCUGAGCCGAGGCGAACGGGUGUGGGAGGCGGCACAGCACAGGCAAGGCUGACAGUGAACGCACCCCCUGUAGUGACAGCCCUGCACCCUGCACCAGCCUUCCUGAGGGGUCCUGCUCGCCUCCAGUGUGUGGUGUUCGCCUCUCCUGCCCCAGACUCCGUGGUUUGGUCCUGGGACGAGGGCUUUCUGGAGGCUGGUUCACUGGGCAGGUUUCUAGUGGAGGCCUUCCCAGCCCCAGAAGUGGAGGGGGGACAGGGCCCAGGCCUUAUUUCUGUGCUACACAUUUCCGGAACCCAGGAGUCCGACUUCACCACGGGCUUCAACUGCAGUGCCCGCAACCGGCUAGGUGAGGGACGAGUCCAGAUCCACCUGGGCCGUAGAGACUUGCUGCCUACUGUCCGGCUUGUGGCUGGAGCAGCUUCUGCAGCCACCUCUCUCUUUAUGGUCAUCACUGGAGUGGUCCUCUGCUGCUGGCGCCAUGGCUCUCUCUCUAAGCAAAAGAACUUGGUCCGGAUCCCAGGAAACAGUGAAGGUUCCAGUGCACGUGGCCCUGAGGAGGAGACAGGCAGCAGUGAGGACCGGGGUCCCAUUGUGCACACCGACCACAAUGAUUUGGUUCUUGAGGAAAACGAGGCUCUGGAGACAAAGGAUCCAACCAACGGUUACUAUAAGGUUCGAGGGGUCAGUGUGAGCCUUAGCCUUGGGGAAGCCCCCGGAGGAGGCCUCUUCUUGCCACCCCCAUCUCCGAUGGGUCUUCCAGGGACUCCUACUUACUAUGACUUCAAGCCACAUCUGGAUUUAGUCCCUCCCUGCAGACUGUACAGAGCACGGGCAGGUUAUCUUACCACCCCUCAUCCCCGAGCCUUCACCAACUACAUGAAACCCACAUCCUUUGGACCCCCAGAUUUGAGCUCUGGAACGCCCCCCUUCCCAUAUGCUACCUUGUCUCCGCCCAGUCACCAGCGUCUCCAGACUCACGUGUGAAAACAUCUCUCCAAUUGAAGAGCCUCAGGACCUUCAACUUACCACAUAGUGUGUUGUCCAGAUUUUUGGGGAAGUCAGAGCAAGCUGAUGACCAAUCCCUCCAAAAUGGAGCCCUGAUGGAGGGAAAGAGCACUACAAGCAUCAGAACUGUUCAUGUAUACUCAGUUCAGCCAAAGUGGAUUCUCCAAGCAGGAGCAAUAUGGCCGCUAUACCUACUUGUUCUCCUGUGAGGAAGACGUUCAAGAUGAUGACUAAACACUUUGCAGAGGGACAAAGAUGGGGACUAGGGCUAUGGUUGGAAGCAUUUCUAGCCAGUAAAGCACACAUGUGACCAUCUGCACCAAGAGGAAGGAUAACAUAAGACAAAUCAAGAUGAAAGAAAUAACCCCCGGCCCCCCAUCCUGGCCAAUAAAAGUAUAGCCAAUAUGGCUGUCCAUUCUCUGGGAACCAAAAUGGCCACUAUCUUGAUUCCUUCCUUAAAGAUACAGAAAGAAUUGAAUCCCAGGAAUGGGGUGGGGUGAAAAUAAAAGAAAUAAGGGGGAUUCUUGGACUAAGAAUAUUUCUAUUUAAUAAUAAAAAGGGGGGACAAAGA